AUGGUAACAACAGCGAUUCCGGCACAGAACAACCUCAACACCGAAAGCAUUCCGAGAUUUGCAAAGGCCAAGGAAACCUUUUUGGGUUUUGUUAUUGGGGGUCUGGCCGCCUGUGGUGCAGUAACAUUUACCAAUCCCUGGGAGGUCGUGAAAACCCGGUUGCAACUUCAGGGCGAGUUGGUGAGAGCUGGUGCUCUGGCCGAAUCGAGCCGACCCUAUCACAACAGUUUCCAAGGUCUUAAAGUAGUAUUUCAACACGAAGGUCUCCGAGGCAUUCAGCGUGGUUUAGGUGUAGCAUAUAUAUACCAGGUUUGCUUGAACGGUAGUCGACUCGGUCUUUACGAACCGGUGCGAUCCGGCAUUGUCAAUGGCUUGGGACUGAAAUCGGAUCAUACCUUGCUGGCGGCCGGUGUGUUCUCGGGAGCCGUGGCGGGAAUGUUUGGUGCAUUGCUUGGUUCACCUCUCUUCUUGAUUAAAACAAGACGUCAGUCUUAUUCUCCCGUUUUCCGACAAAUCGGUCAUCAGCAUGCCAUGGGAUCCUCAUUCAGUGCGCUUCGCGAAAUUUACAGAACCGAAGGCAUCAAGGGUCUGUACCGUGGUGCCGAUGCUGCCAUGGCCCGUGCCGGUGUAGGAUCUGCAGUUCAAAUGCCCACUUACAUGAUCGGCAAAGAAAUUCUUAUCGAUAAAUUCGGUUGCCCUGAUACCGUCAGCACUCAUUUCGGUACUUCCAUGGUCACGGGUUUCCUCGUCUGCAUAGCCAUGAACCCAUUCGAUGUGGUGUCUACCCGCAUGUAUAAUCAAGGUGUUGAUCCGGCUACCGGUCGUGGUUUGCUUUACAAGAGCCCAGUUGAUUGCUUUGUCAAGAUGAUCCAAACCGAAGGUGUACGUGGUUUGUAUAAGGGCUUUGGUGCUCACUUCCUUCGAAUUGGUCCCCACACGACGCUCAUGUUCGUUUUCAUGGAACAACUCAAGAGCCUUUACGGAAAGUACUUGAAGUAGAUAUAAGCAACAAUUAUUUAUUGGGAUUCUCUCCAUUGUACACUACACCAUACGCACACACGCACGCACACACAACAACAACAACAACACACGCAGCUACACCCACUUUCUGUGUAUAUGAUCAAAAAAACGAAGAAAUACCGUUCGGCAGAUUUGUCGGAGCUUGCAAUCCCCGACGAACCUGAAGUUUCCCCAUAGAAUUCAUAGAUAUGAAUAAAUAAAUAAAAUUGAUAAAAAAAAAAUUAAACACGCAUACCCGUU